GUUGAAAAUACCACAUUAAAAGCACUGAAUUUCUCCCUCUCAAUGUUGAGCAUCGGACCGCACUAGUACGGAACAGUUCCAAAUCACAGGCUCCUGCUGAACAUAUCUCCUACCGCGAUAGUGGCAUUGACUUGAGAGUGAGAAGUGGAAGAUGAAACUGGCGCCGAGAGAGGUUGAGAAACUCGGUCUGCACAAUGCCGGAUACCUCGCACAGAAGCGUCUCGCUCGUGGCUUAAAGCUCAAUUAUAUUGAAGCUGUGGCUCUCAUAGCUACACAGAUUUUGGAGUUUGUUCGCGAUGGUGAUAAGUCGGUGGCGGAAUUGAUGGACAUAGGGAAACAACUUUUAGGAAGGAGACAAGUUCUUCCAGCUGUACCUAAUAUUUUGGAUGCUGUACAGGUUGAAGGGACCUUUCCUGACGGGACUAAGUUAAUCACCGUUCAUGAUGCAAUUGCUAGUGAAAAUGGAAAUCUGGAACUGGCUUUACAUGGCUCUUUUCUUCCAGUUCCUUCACUAGACAAGUUUCCUGGGGUAGAAGAUAAUAAAAUUCCUGGUGAAGUAAUCUUUGGUAAUGGAAAUAUUACGCUUAAUCAUGGGAGGAAAGCAAUAAUCCUCAGAGUUGUCAACACUGGAGACAGGCCAGUUCAGGUUGGCAGCCACUAUCACUUUAUUGAGGUGAAUCCGUACUUGGUUUUUGAUCGAUGGAAAGCAUAUGGCAUGCGCCUGAAUAUACCAGCAGGGACAGCUACACGAUUUGAGCCUGGGGAAACUAAAAGUGUCAUACUUGUAAGCAUUGGAGGUAAGAAAGUGAUCAGAGGAGGAAAUGGCAUUGCUGAUAGUCUGGUUGAUCAUGCUAAAUAUGAGACAAUCAUGGAAGCCGUAACCUCGAGAGGUUUCAAAAGUCUGGAAGAAACAAAUGUUAGUGAAGGUGUUACCGGAGAAUAUUCUGCUUUAACCAAAAUAAUCUCUCGUGAGGAAUAUGCCAACAUGUAUGGGCCCACCACAGGUGACAAAAUUCAGCUUGGUGAUACCAACUUGCUUGCUGAAAUUGAAAGAGAUUUUGCAAUUUAUGGAGACGAAUGUGUCUUUGGAGGUGGGAAGGUUAUAAGAGACGGAAUGGGCCAGUCAUGUGGGCAUCCAGCAGCUGACUCUUUGGAUGCUGUGAUAACAAACGCUGUGAUUGUUGAUUAUAGUGGAAUCUUUAAGGCAGAUAUAGGUAUCAAAGACGGUCUUAUUGUUUCCCUUGGGAAAGCAGGCAAUCCAGAUAUCAUGGAUGCUGUAUGUCCAAAUAUGAUCAUUGGGGUUAACACUGAGGUUAUUGCGGGGGAAGGAAUGAUUGUAACUGCAGGAGCCAUAGAUUGUCAUGUCCACUUCAUAUGCCCUCAAUUGGCAUAUGAAGCAAUAUCAAGUGGCAUAACAACAGUAGUGGGAGGAGGAACGGGACCUGCUUUUGGAACACGUGCAACAACAUGUACUCCAGCACCAUCACAAAUGAAGUUAAUGCUGCAAUCAACUGAUGACCUGCCUCUAAAUUUUGGUUUUACUGGGAAAGGGAACACUUCCAAACCUGAUGGGCUACAUGAAAUAAUAAGAGCCGGGGCGAUGGGACUGAAGCUGCAUGAGGACUGGGGAACUACACCUGCUGCAAUAGACAAUUGUUUGACUGUUGGAGAACAAUAUGACAUCCAGGUUAAUAUCCACACUGACACCUUGAAUGAAUCAGGAUUUGUAGAACAUACUAUUGCUGCAUUUAAAGGAAGAACUAUUCAUGCCUACCACAGUGAAGGUGCUGGCGGUGGUCAUGCUCCCGAUAUCAUCAAAGUAUGUGGUGUGAAAAAUGUCCUGCCGUCAUCUACAAACCCCACAAGACCUUUUACUUCCAACACUAUAGACGAGCAUCUUGACAUGCUGAUGGUCUGCCAUCACCUUGAUAAGAACAUUCCAGAAGAUGUAGCUUUUGCUGAAUCAAGGAUAAGGGCUGAAACAAUUGCUGCAGAAGAUAUUUUGCAUGAUAUGGGGGCAAUUAGCAUUAUAUCUUCUGAUUCACAAGCUAUGGGUCGCAUUGGAGAGGUGAUAAUCAGAACUUGGCAAACUGCCCACAAGAUGAAGUUACAAAGAGGACCGAUUGACCCUAGUGGACCAGACAAUGACAACCUUCGUAUCAAGCGAUACAUCGCUAAAUACACUAUAAAUCCUGCAAUAGCUAAUGGGUUUUCUCAAUAUGUUGGUUCAGUUGAGGUUGGGAAGUUGGCCGAUCUUGUUCUAUGGAAGCCGUCUUUCUUUGGGGCAAAACCAGAAAUGGUAAUAAAAGGUGGUGCAAUUGCAUGGGCUAAUAUGGGCGAUCCAAAUGCUAGCAUUCCCACACCUGAACCGGUAAUAAUGAGGCCUAUGUUUGGAGCAUUUGGCAAGGCUGGAAGUUCUCACUCCAUUGCUUUUGUCAGCAAGGAAGCUUUAGAUAAUGGAGUUAAGGCCGUGUAUGGACUCAACAAGAGGGUGGAAGCUGUGGGCAAUGUUACACGACUAACCAAAUGUGACAUGAAGCUCAACGAUGCCCUUCCAAACAUCACGGUGGACCCUGAGACAUACACGGUGACAGCAGAUGGCGAGGUUCUUACCUGCACUGCAGCCACCACAGUUCCUCUUUCUCGGAAUUACUUCCUCUUUUAGGUGUUGGUAAUAUGUCUGAGCCUCAAUCAUUUUGUGCUUUAAAACAAAGUUGCUAAACUGAAAACAAAUCAUGCUCCUUCGAAAAUAAAUGAAAUAGCACUUUCCUAAUCGAGGCCCCUUUUACUGGACGCCUCUACCACAUUAGAACACUUGCGCACUGGCAAAUGCAAAACUCAGUGCUCCCUUCACAAUUUGUUUUUGGACCCAAUUAUAAGUGGCCUCCACCACUUGAUUUGUCAUCUCAGUUUACCGUUCUUUUUAGACAAAAAGUUUGUAAUCUUACUUUGGCUCCGAAUAAUUUGUUUCUCGAUGGGUUCAAUUA